AUGCGUCUUCAUUCGUUGAGAGAGCUCGAUGACUCGGAGGGGAAUGUCCGUUUGCACAACGAUAAAGAUACGGCUGUUAUUCUAUACCCUGCCCCUUCGCCGACCGAUCCCAAUGAUCCUCUGCGAUGGCCACUGUGGCGGAAACAUGUCGCUUUCGGCAGCGUAUGCGCUUUCGCAUUCCUGUCCAACUAUGCCAUCGGCGGUCUGGCUCCAGCUUUCUACAUCUUGAGUCUAGAGUUUGGAAAGUCACAACAUCAGACUAGCGAGCUGCUUCUCUGGCCUGUUCUUGUAUUUGGUGUCUUUAACUUCCUCUGGGUCCCUCUUGCAAAUUACUACGGCAAGCGUCCUAUCUUCGUCUUCACUACCCUUUUGCUCUGUGUUUGCUAUAUCUGGGGCGCCACUGCACAAAAGUUCGAGAGUCUGCUCUGGUCAAACAUCGUUGGCGCCUUUGGAGGCAGUGCAUCUGAAGCUGUGGCUGCAUCGAUGGUGAAUGAUCUGUACUUUUUGCAUGAGCGUGCUGGGAAGAUGAGCUGGUAUGUCAACUCUAUCUCAGCUGGCAACACUCUGGGUCCUUUGAUCUGUGGCUUUGUUGUUCAAGGCCUCAGCUGGCGUUGGCACAAGAUUAUCGCAGCUAUUCUCGUCGGAAUUAACUUCCUGGUCGUUGUCUUCCUAUGUCCUGAAACCCGAUACGACCGUGCAGGUCACGGGCUGGCUGAACCACUUACACCUUCGAGAACGGCCAGUGACGCAAACACACUUGAGAAGACGAUUUCGAAUCCAGACCAGCAGCCCGUACAUCGUUCGUCUGACACCUCAGACACGACACCCAUGGACACCGUUCCCAGGAAGCCAUGGGCUCAGCAACUGAAGUUGUGGUCGCCGUUGCCGAAGGACCUCUCUCUGUUUGAACUUUUCCUACGUCCAUGGCCACUAAUUGUAUACCCCGAGGUCAUCUUCUCCACUCUAGCAACAGCUUUCGCACUCGCAUGGGUAGUCGGUAUCAACAUCCUCAACUCCUUUGUCCUCCAAGCACCGCCCUACUCUUGGUCUCCUGCCGUCAAUGGUCUCAUCAACAUCCCUGGUUUUCUAGGAAACAUCUGUGGUGCACUCGUUGGAGGGCCGCUGGUGGACUGGUACUCUGACUGGCACGCAAGAAAGAAUGGAGGCGUUUUCCACCCAGAAUCGAGACUAACGUUGCUUGUCUUUCCGGCUGUGAUGGUACCGGCUGGGUGCUUGGCGUUUGGUUAUGGUGUGCAGGAUACAUUGCAUUGGGCUAGUCUGUUCUUUGGGUAUGGGAUGGUUGCGACGGGACUGACGACCAUUCCUUGCAUUACGAUGACUUAUAUAUCGGAUUGUUAUCUUCCUAUCGCUCCUGAUGCGCUGUUGUUGAUCAACGGAUUGAAGAAUGUUGCGGCGUUUGGUUUCUUGUAUGCCAUCACGCCUUGGGUAUACAAGGUCGGAUAUGCAGAGUGCUUUGGCGAGCAAGCGGCCAUUGCCGUUGGAAUACUGCUUUUUGCUAUCCCUCUCAGCCUGUUUGGUGCUAAGAUGCGCCAUCGCACUGCACAGUGGCGUAUUAUUCUUUAA